GGUUUAACCUUUUGAGUUACCUUCAAAUAAAAACAAACAGUGUUUUGAUGAGUGCAAGAAAUGUAAUAAUGUCGUCUACAUUAUCUAAUUUAAUACUUUUUAUUUUUACCUUAGUUAAUAUAUGUAAGACUAAUCCGAUUGUAACAACGAGAUUUGGUCAAAUUAAAGGUACAACUGGUAAUUAUAGUGAUCAUAAAUACGAAGCCUUCUUGGGUAUUCCAUUUGCUGAGCCACCUUUGGGACAUUUACGGUUUCAAUUACCUAAGCCACUCAAUCCAACUUGGUCAACACCAUAUGAAGCUGUCAAUUUUAAAGAUGCUUGUAUUCAAAGGCGUGAAAGUUACUUCAAUUUCAACAUAAGUGAAGAUUGUUUGUAUCUGAAUCUAUGGCGUCCCGAAUCUGCUGGUAAGCAUGACGGUGAAUUACUUCCAGUGUUUUACCUUAUACAUGGUUCGGGAUACAUAAAGAAAUCAGGAGCCCUGCCACAAAACCAGGGUGAUGUGUUAGCUGCAACACAAAAUGUAAUUGCUGUUAACUCAAAUUAUCGACUUGGAGCACUUGGGUUUGCUCAUGGUUCUCGUACUUCAAUGCCUGGUAAUAUUGGUAUUUAUGACACUUUAAUAGUUCUUCGAUGGAUUCGUGAUAAUAUCAGAUCAUUUGGAGGUGAUCCUAAUCGUGUAACGCUAGCAGGACAAAGUGCUGGAUCUAACAUGGUUACAAUUAUAGCCACUUUACCAAAUAAAUUUGAAACACAACAUCUUUUUUCCCGCCUAAUAAUGAUGAGUGGUGUGACUAUAAAUCACAUGCAAGCUGAUCAUGUAUCAACUGCUUUAUCAAAGACUCGUCUAUUAGCCACUAAAGUGAACUGUUUGAGCCGAUUCGAUCAGUUUGAAUCAUCGGGUGAAUUGUCUGAUGAGACUGUUGAUUGUUUGAAGAAAGCAGAUGCGUACGAUUUAUUGGAAGCACAAUUUUCAGAGGAUGUGAUAGCGCUUGGUAAUGUAGAGGUUGCUGCAUUCCUUCCUGUUUAUGGAACAGAGUUGAUAACAGAUCAUCCAAUGAUAAAUCAUAUCAAACGAAUUGAAUCAAUCAAAGAUAAACCGAUGCUGUUCGGGGUAGAACAGGAUGAAACAACGCGCUAUGUAUCACUCAGCAAUAUCUCUACAAUGAACGAUGCUUAUGAAUUCAUCAAAAAGCGGAUUACAAAAGCAAUCAAAGGCAUUAAAACUGACAAAAUUGAUUACUUUUAUAAAUUUUACUUCGAUGAUGUUGAUCCAACCAAUUCUGACGAGAUAAAGGCAAAAUGUGUAAACUUUUUCAACGAUAUGUGUUUUCAUUGCCCAUCAUUGAUAUUGGCAGAAUUUUUCUCACAGAAAAGUUCAAACAUCCAUUUCUAUCUCAAUGGUUAUGUUGGUGAAGUGUUGGCCCAGGAUCCUGGAAGACCUUAUGGUACUUUACAUGCCGAUGACAUUAUGUUCGCCUUAGGAGAGCCAAUAAGAACAUAUAAAAAUUACACAGAAAAUGAUAGAAAAUUCGGCCAAUUAUUCAGCAAUUUGUUUGGCGAUUUCAUUAAGGGCGUAAAUUUUGAUGAUUGGCCAUCCAUUGCGGUAAUGAUGAAAGAUUAUGAAUCUCCACAAAUCAUUAAAAAGCUGGACUUGCCUCCUAUGAACGUAGUUUUUCGUAAUCAAGAAAUAUGCAUGGAUUGGGCAGAUUUAUUCAAUUAUUCAAUUCCAAGAUAGAUUGUCUAAUGAAAAGGAGAGAAAAUUCGUAAGUUAUAUAGUCAAAUCAGUCAAAAAGAGUGAAAAAAGUGAAAUCUUACCAUUUCCAAACAGCAUUAUUAUGCUUGACUUUUGUUCAAUAUUUAGCCAUGAAUAAAGAGUUAAUAUUUUUUCAAAA